ACACCGCAAAACACAGCAAAACAUGGUGGUCCCUAAUCGAGAUCUUCCGAAACGUCUUCCACUGCUUAUCCUCAAGGACAAAGUCCUGCUACCGGGCUCAUCUAUGAGGAUUGCUGUGAGAGACAACGCCAGUCUUCGAAUGAUUGACUCCAGACUUCUUCGCAAAGACACCUUGAGCAGUGUUAUCAUUGGUGUUGUUCCUCGCCGAUCGGAUAAAGAGGAUGAAGAGUCGCUGUUGCAUGCCACGGGAACUGCAGCUGUGGUAGUCCAGGUAACAGGAACUAACUGGCCAAAGCCAUUGUACACCCUGCUUGUAACUGGCCUCUGCCGAUUUAGAAUCGACAAAACAGUCAUGGAGGAGCCAUAUUUAAUAGCUGAGGUUACUCAACUUGACAGACCUACCGAACAGGAGGCAGAAAUUAGGAAAAAUGCAGUUUUGACAACCCUAGCUGAGGAGUUUCGACUGUUUGCCAAUGAAAUAGUUGAUAUGCUUGAUGGGAGAAUUCCUGUUGUUUCCCGACUAAAGGACAUGUUGAGUGGUAUUCCAGAUGGAAGUCUUCCUGACACGCUAACGUCAAUUGUGAAAGCUUCCUAUUUGGAGAAGUUAGAGAUCUUAAAUACUGUGGAUUUGAUUGAAAGAUUUAAGAAAUCCCUCCAUUUACUGAAGAGGCAAAAAGAGGGAAUGAAAGGUAAAAACCCAUUGAGAAGUGGUCCUGAAGUAAUUAACCGCAGGUUGUGGAAGAGUAAUAAUUCAAAGCGUGGUGGUAACAUGCUUGUACCAAAGGAUCCUAAGAGGGUAUCAAAACGUUUUGAUGAUGAUGAUGAAAAUGAUGAUGAAGAUGAUGUCGAGGAACUAGAGAGGAAAAUAAGAUCUGCUGAUCUACCAGAACAUGCUUUCAAAGUGGCUAUGAAGGAGUUAAAGCGCUUGAAGAAGAUGCCGCCACAGUUUCCAGAACAUGCUACCACUAGGAAUUAUUUGGAGUGGAUGGUUGAUCUUCCAUGGAGCCAAGAAACCAAGGACAAGUUAGAUAUUUCUCAAGCAAGGAUUGAUCUGGAUCAUGAUCAUUAUGGUUUGGAAAAGUUAAAGAAGAGGGUCAUUGAGUAUUUAGCUGUUCGCAAACUGAAAAACAGCUUGAAAGGUCCAAUCUUGUGUUUUGUUGGUCCACCUGGGGUUGGCAAGACAAGUGUUGGAAGGUCUAUUGCAAACACACUUGGCAGGGAAUUUCAGAGGAUUUCACUUGGAGGAAUUUGUGACCAGUCUGACAUCAGAGGACAUAGACGGACUUAUAUUGGAUCAAUGCCAGGGAGGAUCUUGAAUGCCUUGAAAACAGUUGGAGUGAAGAAUCCUGUCAUUCUGUUAGAUGAAGUCGACAAGAUGGGAAAGAGUCUUCAUGGCGAUCCUUCUGCUGCUUUGCUGGAAGUGUUGGACCCUGAACAGAAUUGGACAUUUGUUGACCACUAUCUCAACAUUCCAUUUGAUCUUUCACAAGUGUUAUUUAUAGCCACUGCUAACACCGUCAGCACGAUUCCUGCUGCCUUACUAGACCGAAUGGAGUUAAUCAUGGUCCCAGGUUAUACUCAGGAAGAAAAAGUUGCCAUUUCGAAGCGCCACCUUUUGCCCAAACAGCUAAAGGAGCACGGACUUACUGAGCAGGACAUUGAGGUUCCUGGUGAUUCACUGAAGGCAGUUAUUUCUAAUUACACUCGGGAGGCUGGCGUGAGGUCGCUCGAACGCAAGAUUGGUGGCGUGUGUAGAGCGGUCGCUGUACAGGUCGCCGAAGCUACCAGAAAUGCUUCAGAGAAAGCUGAGGAGAAAGCUGAAGCGGGCAGUAAAGAAGACUCCAAGGAACUGAAAGACAAGCACAAGAGUGAUUCCGCCCAAACAGCUGAUAAAAAGGCCUUUUUGGUCACUGAAAAGUUCUUGGUAGAUGUUUUGGGGCCUCCUAUAUUUGAAUCUGAAGUGGCUCAGAGACUCUCAACUCCAGGCGUUGCUGUUGGUUUAGCAUGGACAGCCAUGGGUGGAGAGAUCAUGUUUGUAGAAGCCACACGGAUGGGCGGAGAAGGAAAAAUAACUUUGACUGGACAGCUCGGUGACGUCAUGAAGGAAUCUGCGCAGUUAGCGUUAAGCUGGUUGAGGAGCCGCUCAGUCGAGUACUCUUUGACAGCAGAAGAUGGCGUGGAUCUACUGGAGCGCACAGAUGUUCAUAUCCAUUUCCCAGCAGGCGCUGUUGGUAAGGAUGGUCCGUCUGCUGGUGUCACUAUUGUCACCGUUUUGGUCUCGUUAUUCAGUGGCCGGUGCACUCGGUCUGACACAGCCAUGACUGGUGAAAUAACCUUGAGAGGCCUUGUUCUACCGGUUGGUGGAAUCAAGGAAAAAGUAUUAGCCGCACAUAGAGCUGGACUGAGGAGGGUGAUAUUACCAAGGAGAAACGAAAAGGAUCUGUCGGAACUACCAGAUAAUGUGAAGGACGAGAUGACCUUUAUCUUGGCAAAUCGAGUCGAGGACGUUUUGCGUGCAGCCUUUGAUGAUGAAUUUCCUGGCAUGGCACAAGCCACCAGUAGCAAACUGUAGUAAACUGGAGAACAACGUUUCUAAAAUAACACAAGCAAGGACUUACGGUGUUUGGUUUCAAAAUCGCUAGGAUCAAGUUGAACUUCAUGUCGCUAUCCAGGUCACCAAUACUUGGAUACUGCUUACGAAACCUUGAAGUCAUCUUUAUCGGGAGAUAGAAUCUGUUGUAUAAUUUUGUGUCGUGCUAUUGGUCCGCAAUAAUAGAAUAUUUUAAUCUACUGGGAAAUUAUCAAAGGCUGUUUAGGAGUUUUUGUCAAUGGCUCUUCGGUGAAGAAAGGUUUUGCUGGAGAGUGACGACAAGAACAAAAAAUUAUUGAUGUAUUCUAAUAAGAAUGAAGUAUUUCUCGCAAUCUCUUUUCCGUGUUCUUCUGGAAGUCCAGUCCUUGAACUUGCCGUCCCUCGGGCGCUCUGUAUGUACUGUAGAGGUUGUACUCCGGCAGGAGAAGAGAAAGUCCACGAUAACUUGCUUGUAGCCUGCGUAGCUAGCGUUCCCUUACGAAGAGUUUUUCCACAUUCUGGCCGCGCGUAAACUGGAGCGCGUUAUAAAAAAAAAAAAAAAAAAA